UCUCUUUAAAGGAAGGGGGAGUGUAGGAAAAAGGGACAGAGGCAACUCGAGAUGAAUAGAAGGCACCAGAACCACCUACCAUGACCAAGUGCGCUGUAAAUGUAGGACAGAGAUUCGAGUGGAGUACAAACGGAUCUUCGGGCGACAGAUUGGAGGGAGAACCAUGUUUGGAUGUGCCUCAUCUGAGUCAAGGGUUUUUCACUAUGGUGUCACGGUCGAUCAUCGCAGGGACGCAGGGAAACUGGUUUUCCUCCCAAAUGUUUCCUGCGUUUUGCAACGGGAAAGGAGAGUGGCAGUAAAAUACACCUCAGCGGCAUCUUUCUGAUUAUCAAUGGUAGCGUUGCAUAAUUCAGCCUCAUCCAUCGCAGCUGUUUGAAGAAGAAGAAAAAAAGGGAGGAAAGACGCCAGAGGACUGACUCCAUCCAGCGGCUGCCUCCUCGGCGGUGCCUACAAUUGUUCGGCGAUGCCCUUUCCUCUCUCAGGAAGGACUUGCACACAGUAGCGGAGGGAAAGCGGCUCGUGUGUGCGCGCGUGUGUGUGUGGGGGGGAGGAUGCGCCUGACGCUGGACGUGUGCUGCAUUCAGGGAGAUUCGGCACCGACGGGAGCUCCAGCACCAGCGGCGGGCCUGGGAAGCACCCAGCUCCACUGUCUCCUCCUUUUCCUCCCCCCCUGCAGGACCAUGCUUGCGUGAGGGAUGAGGCUGUGCACAGGGACGCCAGGCCAGAGCUGCGGCCUACACCUGACAAGAGCCGGUCCCCCGACUGCAAGAAGACCCGCGGACACACUAUCACCAUCACAUCAGCAUCUUUGGGCAUCAGGUAGAUCCAGGAGCAUGAGCAGGACUUUGAGCUGCGGGAGCAGAUGUCUGGGUAUAAGCGCAUGCGGCGACAGCACCAGAAGCAGCUGAUCGCCCUGGAGAACAGGCUAAAGGCCGAGAUGGAUGAGCACAGGCUCAGGCUGCAGAAGGAAUUAGAAACACAAGCAAAUAACACUUACAUUGAGCUGGAACGACUGGCCAAACGUCAUGUUGCUCAAACAGAUAAAGAGAUGAAGUCAGUUGCAUCUGAGGAAAGACGGAUUCAGCAACAAAUUGUUGCUCAACAAAAGAAAGAACUGAGCUCCUUUUUAGAGAAUCAGAAGAAGGAGUACAGGCUUUGCAAAGACAAGAUCAAAGAUGAGAUGACUGAAGACCUUUGUUCGACCAAGGAAGAGAAGCAGGAGCGUCUGUCUCGGUACAAAGAAACGAUGCAGCGCUCCCAGGCCGAGGAGGAAGCUCACCUGCUGGCCCAGCAGAGGCUGGUCUACGACCGCAGCUGCCGGGCCCUCAAACGUCGAAGUCUGCUCCGGCGGCACGAGUUCGAACAGGAACAGCUGAGAGAGGAGCUGAACAAAAAGAGAACCCAGAAGGAGAUGGAGCAUGCCCUGAUGAUCCGGCAGGACGAGUCCACCCAGGACCUGGAGCACCGGCAGCUGCAGAUGCUGCAGAAGCUGCGAGUGGAACUCAUGCGGCUGCAGCACCAGACAGAGUUCGAGAACCAGGAGGAGUAUAACAGCCGGCGGCAAACAGAGCUACAAAGAAAACACAGUCUGGAGCAGCGGCAGCAGCCCAGAAACCUCAAGAUGCUGGAGAUGCAGAUCAAGAAACAGUUCCAGGAUACGUGUAAGGUGCAGAACAAGCAGUACAAGGCUCUUAGGAACCAUCAGCUGGAAGUGUCUCCCAAAGGGGACCAUAAAACUAUCCUGAAGAACCUGAAAGAGGAGCAGACACGUAAGCUGGCUGUUCUGGCUGAGCAGUAUGAACAAAGCAUCAACGAAAUGAUGGCUUCACAAGCGAUGAGAUUAGAAGCAGAGCAGGAAAGCGAGUGCCAAGCUCUGAAGCAGCAGCUGAAGCAGGAGAUGGAGCUCCUGGACGCCUACCAGAAAAAAACCCAGUCACAGAUGGAGGCCCAACAUGAGCGAGAGCAGCAGAAACUUGAGCAGAAGGUUUCCAUACGGAGAGCACACCUUGAACAGAAGAUUGAAGAGGAGCUGGCUGCCCUCCAGAAGGAGCGGACUGAAAAGAUAAAGCACUUGUUGGAACGUCAGGACCGAGAAAUGAGCACUUUUGACUCAGAGAGCAGAAGCCUCGGUUUCGGAAGCCUUGGAUCUCUGGACUUCCCCAAAGAAGACAACAGAUGAAAGUGGAUCUAUCUUUUUAAUAGACAACAUAUCCGUGCCCUUCUCAUAUCCUUGUGUGUGUGGAUGGGGGAGUUUGUCACAUCCGCCGCUGCGGUGACAAAACCUGGACAACCUUCUCUGCUAUUUUUCUUCUCUCUUAGAUCUUCUAAUUGAGGUGUUCUUACGUGCAAUGAGAGAAACUUGAUACAGGGAGGGAGAAACGGAAGAAUCGUGUCAAUAAAAAGGCAGUGUUUGGACACUUUUCCUCCAUGCCAUUUCCUCUUUUUGGUAUGAAACAAAUAAAUCAGGAAAUUUUAGUAAAAAUGGGCACUUUGAUAUGUUUAAAUAGAAAUCCAUCAUGUUCAUAUGGUUCUAAAAAGUGUGUGUUACAUGGAGGGACAUUGUGGAAUGUGAACUGCGGACUCCCCCGUAGUGUUAAGCUGCUUUGUUUGAUUUAUUCUUUUUUAAUUCAUUGAAGUUUUGUUGUAUUUAUUUUAAUCUCUGAAUGUGAAAAUUACUGUAUGGGGGAUCAUUGGGGUUUAUUUUUAGUUUAUUUUCAAUCAUACUUCCAUGUUGUGCUUAUGCAUACAGUAUAUUGUGGUCCCUCACUUUUUUCUAGGCAACAGAUUCUCUCUUUUUUUAAAUUUAUUUGAUAUGUAGAACUAAUUGGCAUUAGCUUGACCAACCUGUUUAUCCUCUCACAAGUCAAGAUCCCACUUGGUAAAACUGCUUAUUAUUGCAUGCACUUUAAGGACAAAUUCAGGUUGUGAAGUGAAGCAUGAAUCUGUCAGAGAUUUUAGCUGUUUGUAAAUAAGUGGUCAUAGCAAGGUUUUUUUUGUUCAAUUUUUAUUUUAAGCCUACUGGACAUAAACAACGUGUUUGACAUGAUUUUUUAUUUUUAUUUACUUAUUUUCACAAAUGCCUUUAUUUAAGUUGUGCCUGAAGCAGAUUUCAGUUUUUGUGUUUGUUACUAUUAUAUCUAUAUUUUACUGAUUUAGGCCAGCACCAUUUUGUUUGUCUGAACUUGUGAAUCAUUUAAUGUUCACUAAUCUUGUAAAAGGAAAAAUGGUGAGAAUUGUGCUGUAUAAUUUUUGAUAUGAAUAUUUGUACAUGAGAAACAUAGCUAGAAAUAUACAGAGACACAGGUCUAUUACUGAUAUAGCUUAAAGAGAAAAAAAGUUUUGCUUCUUUUUUAUAAUAUUGAGAAAUGGUCAUACAGUAGUUCAAUAUAUUGCUAAGUCAAAACAAAAGACUUUCAGAUUGUAUAAAUGCUGGUGAAUGGAAUCACACACUUCUUACAAUAUCCGUGUGAGGGUCUGGAACCGACGUGGGUCUUUGGGUUAAUUGAGUAUUUUUUGUGUUUGAGGACAAGAUUUGAGAUAUUUUUCACCGUGUUCAUUAGGUUCAUUGAACAGGUUGCACAAUUAUUCCAUUCGCAGUGAAUGGAAAAGGAAAUUUUUUGGUGCUUAAGUUCUAAAUAAAACCACCUUUAGCCUUGUAGUUUUUGUCUUAGAGAACGAUUGAGUUUCACAAAAUGCUCGCAUUUUGCUACCUUCCCUCUGAGUCAAAACACUAUUAAUGACCCCUGACCUAUUUGGAGCACCCCAGGCAGUGAAUCACCCUAAAAAAUAGACAAUUGGGUAAAUCCAUUUGAUCAUUUUUGAAAUGUUUAAAGUCUUGAAUGCAACCCUGUUUUGUUCAACAGGCAUCUCUAUCUUCUUGUCGUUUUACUUUUUCAAAUGCUUAUAUUGGGUCUAAUUCCUCACAGGGGCUGAAAUUACAAAGUAUUUCAAAAAAAGAGGACUCUAAUAAUAACCAGUUUCUGAUGGCAAUAGAACCUAAAUGCUCUUGUUUUACAAGCUGACAGCUAAAUGCAGUCGGACCAGAUGAGUUCUGAACUUUCAUUUGGUUUCUCAGACUUUUCCACUUUCAUGAACUUUCUGAAAUCUGAUCAAAACGUUUCUCAUAUGCAGUAAGGAAAGGGCAUUUUGUCCAGUCACAUCUUACUGAAGCUUUGUGGACCAAUGGUUGCAGUGAAAAAAAAAGUGCUGUUGGGGUGCUUGUUUGCCUGAGAGCUUCAGAACAACAAGGAACCUUACAAUUUGUGUAAAUUUUAGGUUACUAGAAAGAUGUAUUUAGUUAGAAUAUAAAGGGGACUUUCCUAAAGAAUUUUAUUCACCAUUUCCUGUGCAGUUCGAAGACAAAAUAAAAAAGAUUUUGUUGAAAAAAAAA